CGCGCGCUGAUUGGUGGCGGCGGUGCCUCGCGGCCGGUGGCUAUGGAGGCAGCGGCGGUUGAUGGUUGACCGUCUGCUCCAGGGUAGGGGUCGCCGUUCGGGCGAUCCUCUCAGACCCGACCAUCGUGCGCUGACGCUCGACCUGGAGCCUGUGGGCGAGACCGUGCUCGGCUCCGCCAUGCCGGCCGGGAGUAACGAGCCAGACGGUGUCCUCAGCUAUCAGAGACCAGAUGAAGAAGCUGUGGUGGAUCAGGGUGGGACCAGUACAAUUCUCAACAUUCACUAUGAGAAAGAAGAGUUGGAAGGUCAUAGGACUCUCUAUGUGGGGGUUCGGAUGCCGCUGGGCCGGCAGAGCCAUCGGCACCACCGAACCCAUGGCCAGAAGCACCGGAGACGAGGCCGGGGCAAAGGAGCCAGUCAAGGGGAGGAGGGGCCAGAGGCCUUGGCCCAUGACACACCCUCUCAGCGUGUUCAGUUCAUUCUUGGCACUGAGGACGAUGAAGAGCAUGUGCCUCACGAGCUGUUCACAGAGCUGGACGAGAUCUGUAUGAAAGAGGGAGAAGAUGCUGAGUGGAAGGAGACAGCAAGGUGGUUGAAGUUUGAAGAAGAUGUUGAGGACGGGGGAGAACGCUGGAGCAAGCCCUAUGUGGCAACCCUCUCAUUGCACAGUCUCUUUGAGCUAAGGAGCUGCCUUAUUAAUGGAACGGUCCUUCUGGAUAUGCGUGCAAAUAGCAUAGAAGAAAUUUCAGACCUGAUCCUGGACCAGCAAGAACUGUUCAGUGACCUGAGUGAGAGCAUGAGGGUUAAAGUACGGGAAGCCCUUCUCAAAAAGCAUCACCAUCAGAAUGAAAAGAAGAGAAAUAACCUCAUCCCCAUUGUUCGCUCCUUUGCUGAGGUUGGCAAGAAGCAGUCUGAUCCACAUUCGAUGGAUAAAAAUGGUCAAACCGUGUCUCCUCAGUCUGUUCCAACUACAAAUCUGGAAGUAAAAAAUGGAGUGAAUUGUGAACACAGUCCCGUGGAUUUAAGCAAGGUGGACCUUCAUUUCAUGAAAAAAUUCCCACUGGGGCAGAGGCCUCCAACGUCCCUGGUUGGUGAGGUGGAUACUCCGGACCGCCCCAUCGUGGCCUUUGUGAGGCUGUCCCCAGCUGUUCUCCUCUCAGGCCUGACAGAGGUGCCCAUCCCCACAAGAUUUUUGUUUAUCCUACUGGGUCCAGUAGGGAAAGGUCAGCAGUACCAUGAGAUUGGCAGGUCCAUGGCCACCAUCAUGACAGAUGAGAUUUUCCACGAUGUGGCAUAUAAGGCAAAAGAGCGAGAUGAUCUCCUGGCGGGGAUUGAUGAGUUCUUGGACCAGGUGACGGUGCUUCCUCCAGGGGAGUGGGACCCCUCCAUUAGAAUUGAGCCACCCAAAAACGUCCCUUCCCAGGAGAAAAGGAAAAUGCCUGGAGUUCCAAAUGGAAACGUGUGCCACAUAGAACCAGAACCACACGGGGGCCACAGCGGGCCGGAACUUCAGCGCACCGGGCGGCUAUUUGGGGGCUUGGUGCUGGACAUCAAGCGGAAGGCCCCCUGGUACUGGAGCGACUACCGGGAUGCGCUCAGCUUACAGUGUUUGGCCUCCUUCCUGUUCCUGUACUGUGCCUGCAUGUCACCUGUCAUCACCUUUGGGGGAUUACUUGGAGAAGCCACAGAAGGACGCAUAAGUGCAAUCGAGUCCUUGUUUGGCGCCUCCAUGACCGGGAUCGCCUACUCCUUGUUUGCGGGACAGGCUCUCACCAUCCUGGGAAGCACGGGGCCAGUGCUUGUGUUUGAAAAGAUCUUGUUCAAAUUCUGCAAAGACUACGCUCUUUCAUACCUCUCCUUGCGUGCUUGCAUUGGACUGUGGACUGCCUUCCUAUGCAUUGUCCUUGUGGCAACUGAUGCCAGUUCCCUUGUCUGCUACAUUACCCGCUUCACUGAAGAAGCAUUUGCCUCCCUCAUUUGCAUUAUUUUCAUCUAUGAAGCAAUAGAAAAGCUGAUUCACCUGGCAGAGACCUACCCCAUCCAUAUGCAUAGCCAGCUGGACCACCUUAGCCUGUAUUACUGCAGGUGCACUGUCCCAGAGAAUCCGAACAACCACACACUGCAGUAUUGGAAGGACCACAACAUCGUGACAGCAGAAGUCCACUGGGCUAACCUGACCGUUACUGAAUGCCAGGAGAUGCAUGGAGAGUUCACAGGGUCCGCAUGCAGCCAUCAUGGACCCUACACUCCCGACGUGCUCUUCUGGUCCUGCAUUCUCUUCUUUACCACCUUCAUCCUCUCGAGCACCUUAAAGACAUUUAAGACAAGCCGCUAUUUCCCAACUAGAGUACGCUCCAUGGUGAGUGACUUUGCUGUUUUCCUCACAAUCUUCACAAUGGUGAUUAUUGAUUUUUUGAUUGGAGUCCCAUCACCAAAGCUUCAAGUUCCCAGCGUGUUCAAGCCAACAAGGGAUGAUCGCGGGUGGAUUAUUAGCCCCAUCGGUCCCAAUCCCUGGUGGACUGUGAUAGCCGCGGUGAUCCCGGCGCUGCUCUGCACUAUCCUAAUAUUCAUGGACCAGCAGAUCACCGCCGUCAUCAUCAACAGGAAGGAGCACAAGCUCAAGAAAGGCUGUGGUUACCACCUGGACCUGCUAAUGGUGGCCAUCAUGCUGGGCGUCUGCUCCAUCAUGGGCCUGCCCUGGUUUGUGGCUGCCACGGUCCUGUCCAUCACACAUGUGAACAGCCUCAAACUGGAGUCCGAGUGCUCCGCUCCUGGAGAACAGCCCAAGUUCUUGGGCAUCCGAGAACAGAGAGUGACAGGCCUUAUGAUUUUUGUGCUGAUGGGCUGCUCAGUCUUCAUGACGGCUAUAUUAAAGUUCAUCCCGAUGCCGGUGCUCUACGGGGUCUUCCUCUACAUGGGAGUGUCUUCACUGCAGGGGAUUCAGUUCUUUGAUCGUCUGAAGCUCUUUGGGAUGCCUGCGAAGCACCAGCCAGAUUUCAUUUACCUUCGGCACGUGCCGCUACGCAAAGUGCACCUCUUCACCCUCAUCCAGCUGACCUGCCUUGUGCUGCUCUGGGUCAUCAAGGCGUCUCCAGCUGCCAUCGUCUUCCCAAUGAUGGUUUUGGCCUUGGUCUUCGUCAGAAAAGUCAUGGAUCUCUGUUUCUCUAAGCGAGAGCUGAGCUGGCUGGAUGAUCUCAUGCCUGAAAGCAAGAAGAAGAAGUUGGAUGAUGCCAAAAAGAAGGCCAAGGAGGAAGAGGAGGCUGAGAAAAUGUUAGAAAUAGGGGGAGACAAGUUCCCCUUAGAGAGCAGGAAGUUACUAAGCAGCCCUGGAAAGAACAACAGUUUCAGAUGUGACCCCUCUGAGAUCAAUAUAUCUGACGAAAUGCCUAAAACCACAGUCUGGAAAGCUCUCAGUAUGAAUUCUGGGACUACAAAGGAAAAGAGUCUCUUCAACUAAAAGUCUUUGCUGGGAUGGAAGAUUUGGGCCUCGAGGUGCCUCAGGGAAGUUCUGGUUACAGAGAAGAUGGCGAACCUCUCAGAGGAGGAGCAAGACCAAGUCUGGUCCUGUCCUCGGUCAUGUCAAAACCGGGCCGACACAUUCAGUCAUUCGUGGUGUGCACCAGAGGGCACCCGGCCACCCCAUGCCAGCAGCCAGAUGGGAACGUGGAAGCAGAAGGCCACCUCCCAUUGGUACUUCUCCUCUUCCUUGUCUGUCUCUUCAGAACUGCCACCAUUGAAGACCCAGCGUCCCAUUUUCCAAACAUUUUCUCUGAAACUCUCUGCUGGCCUGCCAAGCCAUGUGGAUCCAUUCUGCCAUUGAGGAUUCCUUCAGCAAGGUUCCCCUUCCUAAAGGAUGGGGAAGGGGAGUGGGAGCAGAGAGCAGAGGAAGGCUCUCCAGCUCCGUAGGAUCUGUAGGCUCCUAGGCAGCCCUGGGCCUUGGUCAAAUUGCCGGCUCCGGGAGACGCUGGUCAGACUCAGAGGCUGUCAGGAAGGUCAGCCACCUGGGCAUUGGCAGUUCCUGUCACCGUGGCCAGAAGACACCUGUGACCUGGGUGCAUCUUCAUUGUUCCCCAGCAGCAGACUGCAUGACUCAGCAAGAUCCCUGGAUGCCUAAAGGGCCGGGAGGGAGCUGUUCGGCUCAGACAGGAAAAGGCUCGGAGGGGAAAUCAGUGAUGCUAAGUGAGGACGAGUAGCUUCUCUUGGUUUCACCGAGGAUAGAGUAAGAGACUGAACUUAAAUUGCUACAAAAGGAAUUAGUUUAGACACUAGGCGGGACUUCAUAGGCUGAAAAUUUGUCAUAGUGUCUGCUUUCUAGAUAUUUGAGAAAGGUUUGGUGAUUGUUGUUUGUGAGUAGAAAGGAAGACAAGGUGUUUUCAUUGGCCAUGUUGUGGAAACAUCCGUGUCUUGCUGCUGUCUCUGGAGGACACAUUUAUUUCCAUUCCUGGAGAUGUCCAAGUGCUUACGUAAUGUCUCCUUAGCUGCCUUAGUAGCAAACCAUCGUCGACUCAGUGGACCAAAGCCACCUUCAGCCGUGUGGUUUCUUCAACAUCAGGAGUUGUUGUAGGCUGACAAAUGUCUGGCUCUCAGAUAUAAAAAGCCACAUUGAGAAAGGAACUGUAAGUGGUAAAAUUAAUUUUGGUGUUUAUUUUACAACUACAUUUAUAGUUUUUCUCUUCUCUUUUGCAAUGAAUAUCAAUGGUUUGGGCUCCAGUAUGUAUAGAUCUUCCCUUUCUUUGCACACAGAGUGUGACCAGCAAGCAAGUCAACACCCAGGGAAUCCAAUCAUAUUAGUUUUCCAUCCUGGAAAAUCUUUGUACAGCGUGACGUUCUCUCAGUGUGCCCUCCUCUCCUAGGUGAAGAGGCGGCUACAUACCUUUAUUGAAUUUUGCAUUCCUUAGACUCUUAAAAUAUAUUAGUGUAUUGUAGGCCUACUCCAAGGACCUGUGAUACUGAAGGAAUCCUGAAUUUCUUUCAUAUUCCCUAUUUCUUAGAGCCAUAAUUAUUUUAAUACACAGAUGAUUUUCAAAAUAUUUAACAACUGGUAUAGGAUGGACACCACCCACUCAGAACGGAUGCCUGCUGUAAACAGCCACAGUCUGUUCUGCCGCUGAACUUCACGCUGCUUUCAGAAGUUCAGCACCGUCCCUUUGCGUCGUGGGUGUCGGUCCUGGUUUUUCUGGUCUUCUCCUUGCAAGGCUGGUUUAGGAGCAGCUUCACCUUCCUUUCCUGUGGCAUGGACAGGAGCAAGAAUUCUCUCAACUACGUGGGCAUUAAAAUCUUUGUGAGCCGAAGCUUCACAUUUUGUCAUUUUAGGGUAGAUGUAAUAAUUGUACCCAUUUACCUACCUAAUCUGGAAGAAUCGAAAGGCAGCCUGUCAAUGGGAAAAGCUUUCCUGCCAGCUUUCUCUGCUCCUCUACCAGGCGCUCCUUGAGCUCGCAGCCUUUCUUAGGUUUGUUUCCUGAGAAUGCCCCUGGGCUCUCCCUCAGUCCCGCCCCUCCCAUCUUCUCCUGCCACCUCAGUGUAGGGCGGCUGGUGACUGCGUCACCCGUACCCCUAGCCUCAGCGUGGCUGUAAGGAAUGUAAGAGGCAAAAGCCCUUUACGCAACAAGACUAGGUGACAAUAUCACUCAGAAAAAUCUCUCUCCU